AUGAAAGAAGGCCUGUAUUCUUUUAAAUAACACCUUGAUCAAACUAAAAACUUAAGGGCUCCUACUGAUAAAAGAAUGAUUCAAAAAGAUUUAAUAAAUCUAUAAAAGAAUGGCUUUGUAUACCUGGAUAGGAUUCAAGAAAAGAAAAUAGACUUGUUAGAUUUAGACAAAUGCUUAUAAAAAUUGAAUCCUCAUGAACAUAAAUAAUCUGAAUCUUUGAAUAAACACAUUUUAUAUGUUUAGAUCUUAGGUGGUUUGAAAUAACAAGAAGAUUUGGAGAAAUUAGAUGAAUUUAUUCAAUAAAAAUAAAAUAAGCAAUAUGAAGAACAAUUAAAUCAAUUAACUAAUGCUAAUUAAUUUUAGUAAAAACAUCACUUAUUUUUGGAUGGCAAAAGAAGAGUAGAAGAUAUCAAUAUAGUGGAAGAAAAGAAAGCAUAUGUACGAACACACAGAUUGGGUGCUUUAUUGAGUUGUUUAAAAUCUAAUCCAAAAUAUCUACCUGAAGACUAAUAAUAACAAUAAUAAGUAGAUGAAUAAUCAGAAGUAAACCAAUAGGAGGACUUAUCCAUUUCAUAGUAAAAAACUAAGAAAAGUUCAAAACUAGAUGAAAAAACAAUCCCAUAAUUAAUAGCUGAAAGACAAGAAUAAGAACCUGAGUUAAGUAAAGAAUUUUUAACUGUAUUUAAAAAUGACACUACUUUGGAUAAGUAAAAAUUACAAGCGGCUUUUCCUAAAAUUGAUUUUGACAAUGUGUAAUUGGAUAAAAAGCUUGAUCUUUCGACGAUAUAAACCAUUGAAAAAUUAAAGGAUUCAACUCUGGCACCUUUAAAAAUAAAUAAAGUGCAGUUCAACCCAGUUGCUAAACAUAUUACAUAUGAUGUAGAUACAUAUGAAGAGAAUGGGGAGAGUGUAUUUAAAAAGAUGGAAGACUUUCAUGAAUCUUUGAGAAAAGGAUAAUCUUAGGAUACAAUCAUGGAUAAAAAAAUAGAGAUUGUUACAGAAGCAGAAAAACAAGAAUAUAAAUGGAGUUAAAAUUAGUAUGAUUUAUAUGAUAAAGUUAAGAAACUUUAUAUUGAUAAAUCAACACCUUAAUACUAUCAAUAGCAGGUUGAUGAGGAUCAACAUUAUCAUUAAUUAAAUAAAAAUCCAAAAUUCAAUAAUAUCUAUUUAAAUACAACUGUUAAAAGAGAUAAUAAUUAUUAAAAGGCAGGCAAUUAAGGUCAAUCAAUAGUGGAUUCUAUUUCUAAACUAUAAAAUUUAAAAUUUCAUCAAUAUGAAACAGCAAAAGAUUUAUAACUAGAAGAUAGACCUACAAAAGAUUAAUCGUAAAUAGAAAUUCUUUAACAAUAGCUAUAAAAAGUACAAGAAAGCUACUUCGAUAAGGAUUUAGAUGAUUAAGAAGUCUUUAACUCAUAUAAUGCUGAUAUAAACAGACUAAAUCAAGUUAUAGAUAAUAGAGGAAAUGAAAUUUUUGCAGGUGUUGAAAAACUUUAUAGACAAUAUAAUUCAAAUUAGUUCGAUAAAUCUCUGUAACAAAUACCUCCAAAUUUUAAUGGAGUGGUUAAAUUAGAUUUUGAAAAAGUAAAAGAAUAAUUUAAAGUAAUUCCAACAAAACAAAAAUAAUAUAAUGAUUAAUAAAAGGGAUAAUUCUCACAAUUUUACUAAAAUAUCCAAAAUCCAUUGGAUCAAUUGCAUUAAGUUACUAAUACUUAACAAUAGGCCAAAGAAAUAGAGUAGGAUUUAAUCCACAAUGAAUUACAUUAGAAAUCAUUAUAUUUGAUUGGAUAACUGCCAUAACCACAAUUUUUUGCGAACAAAUAUACUACCCUUAAGAAUGGUAACGAAAAAAGUGUUUUCAAUUUGAUUGGAAAUUAACAUCAGAUCAUCAAAACUCCUGAUAAAGAUUUAUAAAAGAGAUAUCGAUAUUAAAAUAUUUUAAGCAAUGUUGAUGAUGCCAGAGAUAGAUUCAAAUAUAAUUUAACAUGUUAAUGA